AUGAAUGUAUAUGAUUUGAGAUGUACCUAUCCACAGUACAUGCUCAUUCCAACAAUACCAUCUGCCAAUUGUCAAGCUUCGGAGGAAUCAUUGAACUGUGAAAAAGAGACCCUUUUCAAAAGUUAUGCUGGCGGUGAUCCGGGCAACAAAAGGGACGAGAAGAAUCACCUCAUCGAUGAAAAAUUAAGCGAGUUGCGUGUUGUCUCCACCUCGUCAGUCACCUCGAUUUUCACCGAUGAUCGAUGUGCCUUUUCUUUGCGAUACAUGAUGAAUGCGUGCAUUGGAAAUCUUUCAAGAGAAGAAAAACAAAAGCAAUGGGGUGAGAAUGUGUGGAAACUU